AUGACUUUUCUGGGUAAUACAGUGUUCAAAAGGUAUUUUGCAGUGGGGCCUAGCGCCCAGCAAGCCCUCAGGACGAGAACCAAGAAGUCGUCGUCUUUUGACAAGUUUUUCCCAAAACAGGGCAAUGUCAGAAGGAAACAAUGGGAAACGCUGAAUGAGGACAAAGCCUCGUGGUUCAAGAGGAAGUAUGCACACGUACAUGCCCGGGAACAGGACCAUGCAGCAGACCCAUACGGCAAAAAGAAGGCCCACGUCGACAAGUUAAGGGAGGUCAAGAUCCAGGAGAAACUAGACCAAAAAAGGCAUAAAGCCAAGUUCCACAAUAAGAACAUCGUGCAGAGGCUCAUGAACGACAACCCCAUCCUGGAGUACGUCUACGGCACCAAUAGUGUUUACGCAGCGUUGUUAAACCCGGGGAGAGGCUUCCAUUCUCGAGUGCUAUACCAUGGCACUAUACCAGGCAAAAUCCUGCAGAAAAUCGAUGAAAUGAAGAUAACGACGGAGCUAGUAGACAAACACAAGCUAAACUUGUUGACCAAUUACGGGGUUCACAAUAACAUCGCCCUCGAAACCAAGCCUUUGCUGCCUGCCGAGAUUGCAUAUUUGGGCGACGUGGACGUCGCCUCUGUGGCAUUAACCGUUUACGAGUUAGGCUUCAACAACGAGGACAUUGCAAAUACAUUGCCCUAUAGAGCAAGGGCAGGCUCCAAGAACUUCCCACUUGGGCUCUAUCUGGACGAAAUCACUGAUCCGCACAACAUUGGCGCUAUAGUACGAAGCGCAUAUUUCCUAGGGGUGGACUUCAUCGUGAUGUCGAGGAAAAACUGUUCUCCCUUGACACCCGUGGUGUCUAAGACUAGCAGUGGAGCCCUGGAGCUUCUGCCGAUUUUUUACGCUGAUAAGCCGUUGGAGUUCUUUACCAAAUCACAAGAAAUGGGCGGCUGGACCUUUAUCACAAGCCACUUGGGCAACGUGACCACUGAGAAGUACACGACAGGGAAGACCCUCGGCGUACACGAUCUGCACGGUAUGUGCGCUGAACGGCCGGUCGUGUUGGUGGUGGGUAACGAAAGCCAAGGCGUGAGGACUAAUCUGAAGAUGAGAAGUGACUUCUUUGUCGAGAUCCCCUUUGCCGGCUCCGAGACCCACAAUUGCUCGCCAGAGCCAAUUGUAGAUUCGCUGAACGUGAGUGUGGCUACUGCAUUGUUAAUAGAUAAUAUCCUGACUUGUAAAUAA